AUGGCAAACAACACCAUUUUCAUGUCUCCUGAAGAGUCAGAGCGUAUCCAACGCACAAUCAAAGAUCUUGCAAGGCUGCGCGAAGAACAGACAAGCCACUCGAGGGAACCUACAGAUCCUAAACUCUUAAUCGAGCAGGCUAUCUCUACGUCUCUGAUGCAAGAGAUGUCUUCUGCAGCCUUCGGGCUUGGUGCUCCAAGAAAGAGUCGAGAGACAAUGGUAGCUUACGGCGUAGGCAUGCAAUAUCCCCCCAGUACAGCCAAACUUGCGGAUCUACAGACAAUGACCAUCAAAGACCUGAGGAUGGAAACGCACCAUCGGGGCUUCUUCCUUGCCUUGCGCCGUGUCUCACCCGUUUGCAUACUUCAGGCAUCCUCCUGGACUGUCGUCAAAAGCCAGUUGUCUGACGAGGUGGAGCGGCUGGAGGUCUUUCUUCAUACAUCGCAGUAUGGCAGCAAUACCUUGGAGAUAGCUUCUGAGCUGGUGAUCAAAGAGCCAUACUACACUCUCAAUACCCACGGAGAAUGCAUAAUCCGGAUAGAUCAUCCAUCAGAACUAAUAAUUACCGCAAUCUCCGAGAGUCCAGAAUCUUGGAGAGACAAAGAACGUCACUCUAAAAGAUCACACAGGGUAUCUCCAAGCGAAUACAAGAUGAAGGGAAACGACGCACUUCUGAAGAUGAAGAACUAUCCAGGCGCGUACUUUUGGUAUACGGAGGGUCUGAAGCUUUUGGGGAGUGAAGGAGGUUGUGAGACUGUACGGAAAGACCUGUACCGUAACCGAGCCCAUGUCAACCUUCAACUUCAGAGAUUCGAUGAAGCAAUAUCGGAUGCCUUGAACUCUCUUACUUGUGGUGAGACUAAAGAACUUAAGUCUCUUGAUGCCAAAGCAUAUAAUCGCGCAGGUAUUGCGGCAUACUCUGAAGGCGAGUUCCUCCAGGCUCGACGCUACUUCGAGCAGCAAGAGAGACUCCUACCAGAAGACCAGCAGCCCAGGUUACAUCUACGAAGAGUCGAUGCAAGAAUGCGAGAAGAGGCUGAGGGUGUCUACAAUAUGAAGAAAAUUGUGAGCAAUCUGCCCAAGACGGGAGGUAGACCCGACACAGCCUCGUAUUACGGUCCAACAGAGAUCAAAAACAGCCCUGGAGCUGGUCGUGGUCUUUUUGCAACCAGAGACAUUGAAACAAACGAGAUCAUCCUGUGUGAGAAAGCCUUUUGUGCAGCCUGGAGUCAUGAGACUGAAACGUUUACGGCGCUGGCGUGUGAUAUUCGAGAAGACGCUGCUAUCAAGGUCUUUCCGGCGGGUUUGCACAAGGCCGUUGUGAGAAAGCUUCUCAACAACCCAUCUCAGGUCGAGAAGGUCCUCAGUCUCCAUGGAGACUACCGUGGACUUGGUGAAAGGUUGCAGGAGGUCGAUGGCUCGCCCGUGAUUGACACGUUUCAGGUACACGAUAUUAUCCAACGCAACGCCUUUGGCAUGGGUCAGCAAACCGGAGAUCAGGAUGUAAGCAAUGCCAGUACUGGCCUUUGGAUACGUGCAUCGUACAUCAACCAUUCGUGUAUCCCCAACACAAAGAAGGAUUUAGUUGGUGAUCUCAUCAUCUUUCGCGCUAUAGGAAGAAUUGCAGGUGGUGAAGAGAUCACCCAUAGCUACGAGGACUCGAGUGACUAUGAGGCAAGAAGGGUAAACAUUCGCAAGACAUGGAACUUUGCAUGUCGCUGUCAGCUUUGCCUUGUGGAGGGAGAAGAGAGUGGGGAUGUCCGGGAACGAAGGCGUCAGGCUGAAGGAAAGGUAAAUAGCUUUGUAGAAGCAAAUAGCCCCUACGGUGCGAGUAGGAUCAUGUUGGGAAAGGCAAGGAUACUGCGUCGGACACUGAACGAGACGUAUGACGAGAAGAGCUAUGAGGUAGUGCCUCGGAGGGCACUUGCGGCGAUAGAUGAGUGGCUUCGAAUAGCUAGUGCCAGCUAGGUGUCACAUGUCAGAAACUGCAAGAGAUAUUCAGGGCGCAAGAUACCCCACUGUCAAUCCAAAAGAUGUGGCCCUAUAUUUUGGGCUUCCCGUGUCACAGGUCGUUUGGGCCAUUGUCUGAUCAAGUUGUUCAUCAGCCACUUGACCAAGGACUACAUAGCCACUCUUCGAACAAAGCCUUAGUAUAUGAAGGCCCAUUCUUUUGGUACCUCAGGGUAUAC